AUGGAAGGUAAAAACCAAACUACUGAGUUCAUCAUGAAGGGAUUUUCCUGUCAUCCAGAAUUUCAGAACUUGCUCUUUGCAGUGAUUUUCAUCAUGUACAUCACAUCCCUGCUGGGAAAUAUCCUCAUCAGUAUAACAGUCUAUCUUGACUCCACCCUUCAUGCCCCCAUGUACUACUUCAUCUCCAAUUUGUCCUUGGUUGAUAUCUGCUACACCUCAGUCACCAUCCCAAAAUUACUGACAAACCUGCUUUCUCAAAAGGGGACCAUCUCAUUCAUUGGUUGUGCCUUCCAGAUGUAUUUUCUUCUUUUCCUCGGGACAACUGAAUGCUUCCUCCUUGCUGUUAUGGCUUAUGACCGUUUCUUAGCCAUCUGCAACCCCCUGCAAUACAUGGUCCACAUGAACAAGCAACUGUGUAGCUGCCUAGUGGGUAUCUCAUGGGCCAGUGGCUUGUUGCUCUCCUUGGUACAGACCACACUAAUAUUCACCUUGCCCUACUGUGGGCACAACCAGAUUGAUCAUUUCUUCUGUGACAUUCCUCCUCUUCUGCAUCUGGCCUGUGGAGACACCUCCAUGAAUGAAAUUGCAGUCUUUGUAGCUGGAUUGUUAAUCACCUUAAUGCCUGCCUUGUUGAUUUGUGUUUCUUAUGUCCACAUCAUCAGUGCUGUCCUGAAAAUCACAUCAGCUGAUGGCAGACACAAAACUUUCUCCACCUGCUCCUCCCACCUCAUUGUUAUCAUUUUGUUCUAUGGAUCUGCCAGUGCCAUGUAUCUGAGACCCAGAUCCAGCUAUGUCCCAGAGAGUGACAGGUUUCUGGCCCUGUUUUACUCUGUUGUGACACCAACCCUGAACCCCAUUAUCUACAGUCUGAGGAGCAAAGAUAUCAAUAAAGCGCUGAGGAGGGUGAUAACUUCAAGAUUAUUUCCUCUCAAGAUGUGA